AAUUUUCUUUCGAGCGAUAGACGUUUUUGAGGGAUUGUUAAAGAAAAAGGCGGCAACCUGUCUUUCGCAAGCUUUAAAAGUAGUUUCUCGACAAAUGUCAAUUACCUGAAACGCAGGUUCAGUUCGGGGGAUUUGUCUUCCGAAUGUGACGAUGCAGAUGAUCCAUCUUUGCCUCCAGCUGCCAGACCACCGCCAACUACGAAUCAACCGAUGCCAGGAGGGCCUCCAAACAUUCCGCCGCCGCCAGCUCCCGGCUCGGCAGCAGGCACAGAUCUUUCACUAAGCCUUGGUAAGCAACAACCGCAACAACAAGCGCCGCAACGUGGUGUCUCAGCUCCCUCGAGUCCCGCAAAAUCGCGCGAAAGUUUAUUACAACGAGUUCAAAGUUUGACUGGAGCUGCCCGUGAUCAAGGAGCUUCGAUUAUUGGUGCCGCUGUUCAAACUGCACAACGAGCACAAGUAUUUAAUAAGGACCGUUGCCUAAUUGUCUUGGUUUUCGACGACCAGAACACAGAUUGGUCGAAAUAUUUCCGGGGCAGGCGUUUGCAUGGCGAUUAUGACAUUCGUGUCGAGCAGGCGGAAUUUAAGGAAAUAACUUUGGUAGCAAAUGCCGACUCAGGUCCAAUGGUUACCCUCAAGGGUUCCAAGUCGUCACGCUCUUUUAGACCUGAUUUUGUGCUCGUUCGUCAACCGCCGCGCGAUGGCUCGAACGAUGCGCGCUCCUUGUUGCUUGGCUUGAAGUAUGGCGGUGUGCCAAGUAUCAACUCUCUUCAUUCCUUGUACCAAUUUCAGGAUAAGCCAUGGGUGUUUGCUCAUUUGCUUCAACUACAACGAAGAUUAGGUAAAGAUGCGUUCCCAUUGGUUGAACAAACGUAUUUUCCUAAUCCCAAGGACAUGCUCACUUGGACCAAAUUUCCGUGCGUUUUGAAGGCUGGGCAUUGUCAUGGCGGCGUCGCAACUGCAAAAAUUGACAGUUUACCGGCGUUGCAGGAUGCCGUCGGUUUGUUGAAUGGCACAAAUUUGACGGAAAAUGGAUCGUAUUGCAGCUUGGAGCCCUUCAUUGAUUCCAAAUUCGACGUUCACAUACAGAAAAUUGGAACUAAUUACAAGGCGUUCAUGCGCAAAUCAAUAUCGGGCAGCUGGAAGACCAACCAAGGGCAAGCGAUGUUGGAACAAAUCCAAAUGACGGAAAAGUACAAGGGAUGGAUUGACGAAGUCUCGGAGCUCUUUGGUGGUCUCGAAGUUUGCGGAUUGCUGGUUGCCGCGGGCAAAGAUGGCAAGGAAUACAUUCUCAAGGCAUCUGACAGUACCUUCCCUCUCAUGGGCGACACUCAGGAAGAGGAUAGACGUAAUAUUGCGGAACUUGUCUCAGGACGUAUGCAGAAUGUCUGCAGACCACCAUUACCAAAAUCAACCUCACGUGCUUCGGUGUCAUCGCAAGGCGGAAGUCCCGUCAGCGAAAAUCCGCCGCCAGUUCCGCUCUCAACGCGUCCCUCAUUGACAUCCAUGGUACCGCCAGGCAGUGCUCCUCCCCCAAUUCCCGAGCGUCAAACACCCGGCAUGGGCUCUGUUGGUCGUCUCGGCAGCUUGAGCGGCGCUUCCGAAUUCAUGGAGUCAAUCACGGGCGACAAAUCCAAAGCUGACAGUCGUCGUGACUCGCAAACGUCGCAAUCGUCGAGCAUGUCAUCCGCAUCGAAAGCUUCGUCGGCCCAAGCACGUCCCGCAGCAGCAGCAACAGCUACAGGAGGCGCCGCUCCCGCAAGCAGCUUGCAAGAAGAUGCCGAAGACACGAUGAAAAAUUUGCGUAAAACAUUCGCCGGGAUCUUCGGCGACAUGUAGGAAAUCGCUCAAAAGAAGAAACAACAACGAGGCGGCUCGAUAAGCGGACUCGGAAGCAUUUUUGGCGGCAGUAAAGAUACUCCUGAUGCUCCGCCGGCGACAAUUUCAUCGAAACCCGUUGCCACAAGUGGUCCGCCAUCGCAUCCGCCGCCGCCAGCGCCCGUAAAACCCAACGAAACGAGCGCAGCGCCAUCUUCAAUUCUCCGGGGAACACAAAACGUUUCUUCUUUUGAGCCCAAGACGUCAACAGCAUCGACUUCCGUCACUUCCGCGUUCCCCACAAAGGACAAACCCGAAUGGUAUUCGCCGAAAAAGACGUCGCCCGAGUCCAAAGUGACUUUUGACUCGAAAUCCAGCACUCCCAAAACCGCAAGUCUCUCAUCGCAAGACUCCCGUACCGGAAGCGUCACUUCCGGCGUGUCGCCCAUCGUCAGCGGAUACUCCUCCAUGUCAUCUUUCGACAAAUCAACAUCGGAAUCGAAUCGGAUGCCCUUCAGCACGAUAACAACUCAAGCAGCUACACACGAGGUACCGCGAAAUCAAUCCGUAAUCCCGACGCCUGCCACGUACCGCAGUCAAAGUUCCACGGAACAAAGUUACACGCCGCCUCCCGUUUCCGCGCCCGUCGAGAAACUCAAAAAUCCCCUGAGUCGCAAAGACUCCUCCGACUCAGAUCUCAUUUUUGGCGAUAAAGGCGCCGAAUUUUAUCGCAGCAAAUACGCCUAUAGCACGUACACGAGCACCAACAAGAGCUCCGACAUGGACGUCAUUUUCAGUGCUUCGAUCGACAAACGUUCCAGCAUCGAGUCGAGCGAUCAACCAACAACUUUCCGAUCAGGUACCAACAGUUUCUCAGGAAGUCGCGAUUCCUCCGACGGAUACUCCUCAUAUAGUCGCGGGCGAACUGGCAUCCAAAAUCCCAUGUUUACGGAUUUCGAUGCGAAAAAAGAUGACGAAGAUGACUUCGACUUGAAAUAAAAAAUGAAAAUUUGCUUAAAAACUGACAAAAAUAUAUAUUAACGUUGCUAACAAAAAAAAAUAAUUAACGAGGUUGUUACUAUUAACACCUCACCGUGUGUUAUUAUUAUUAUUCAUUUACAAUAAAAAAAAAUAUAUACAAUAUCGUAAGCUUAAAAUUA